AUGACCGUCGGGGACGUCUUGUCAAGAACGCGACUAAAUGUGAGUUAUGCCGUAGAUGGCCUUGCAGAUACUACGAAAACCGCUCCCGCGAAGAUAAAGCCACAAAGCAUAUUGGCGGAGAAUGAUGGGAGCGUCGCAAACUCUGCUCGUCGCUAUCAGGAACAGGUUGCAAAUAUCUCCAGCCCAUUGUCUCUAGGUGGCCCCGAGGAAAUUGCUUAUCCUAGAAGCACCGAGAAAUCAAUUUUCAACACACCGCUCGGUGCUGAUUACAACCUCCACUACAACUUCAGCCCGUCAUUAUCAGAAAUUCUUCUCGAGGGCGACUUUACUAGGCAACAUUUUUCGCCCUUGAGUGAGCAAUAUUCAAACCUCGAGACUCAGCUAGGAACUUCACUUAGUCCGCGAGAUGUCGAUCGUAAUAGAGAAGCGGAUCAAACAAGACGAUUAGCAUCGGAGACAAAUCUGGUAUUUGCAGGACCUCCCCUACUUCAGACGUCUGAAUCCAAAAUGUACACCUUGACAGUUCCGGGCAAACUUGUGAGACAAUUGGUCGAUAUCUUCUUCGACCGUGUGAGCGGCUUCGUACCGAUAUUUCAUCGACCUCAAUUCUAUGCUCGGUACUUCCACAGGAGACGGGAAGACGCGAUCGGGCAACUCUUAUCUCUUGAAACUGCUCUCAUUAUGAACAGCAUUAUGUCUCUAGCAGCUCGCUUUUCAAAUGCGGCCAGCUUUGCUAAUAUUGCGCCGCCUUGCCGUGGCGAACAGUUUGCUAAAGAAGCUCAGUCUAUCUAUGCAGAUGCAACUCGGCUUCAGGGAGACGGGUUCUCUCCUAACUUACAGUACUUGCAAGGUUGCAUCCUCCUGUCCUUCUACCACAACACAAAUUCCUCCAACUCAUUCGGGUGGACACUCACAGGCGUUUGUAUUCGACUGGCGUACGAUUUGGGAAUCGAUAUUAUCGACGAGGAUAUCUGCGAACAGCCUAACUCGUUCGAAAAUCAGUGGACAUCGCCAGAAGAAUGGGUCACCCGAGAAGAACUCCGACGCGUUUGGUGGUCAGUCUGGGAACUUGACACUUUUGCAUCCACCGUGGCCCAGCGACCGUACACGAUUGAUCGAAAUAAAAUGCAUGUCCUGCUUCCGUGCUCUGAUGAGCGAUGGUUCAAUGAGCAACCGAUCGCAUCCGCACCAAUGGGUCCUACUCCAGCAACCGCAUGGAAGAGCCUGCAGGGUUCGCCGAACCAAGAUGAAAGAGCUUGGUUUCUCGUUGCCAACUUCCUGAUGGCAUUGGCAUACGAUCUGAAAGCACAGAGAAUAGUUUCUCCGCAAGCCAGGGCCGAGAUACGGAGUGCUCUCACUUGCUUCAGCUUGAACUUGCCGAGCCAAUUCCGACUGAAUCCGAACAUCUUUGUUUUCAACGACCUGACAUUCGCGAGGAGCAACUGGAUCAUAACUACGAACAUCAUUCUGCAAAGUGCACGCACCUACGAAGCUCUCACGAUUUCUUCAUACGAAGACACCGCACGGUCGCCGUCAGCCUCACCGACCAGCGUGACGGCUAGCGGAGAAGAACAUCGAGCCACCUCCCAAAAAUGCGUCCGGCAUGCACAUGAAGUUGUUAGGGCGAUAAAGGCUUGGUCACCGGAUUACAUUGCUUACUCAUCGCCGUUCAUUGUCUGCUCGUUGGUUGGGCCCGCAGCUAUGCAUAUUUUGCAGGCCAACUCCGAGGGCUCUACUGCUCUUAGCAGCCUGAACCGCGAUGUUGUCUACCUUGGAAUUGCACAGUUCGCCAGACACUGGGGUAUUGGGUCGAUUAUGCUAGACCUCACUCAGGCUUUGAACAAGCUGAUCGGAGUUGACUCAACAUCAUUGACCGCUCGGGAACAGGAGUUGGCAAUCCGAUAUGCUCAAAUUGCACCGAGCAUCAGGGGCAAACCUCGCUCAGCGUGCUUGCCGCCUUGUUCGACUGUGUAG